GAACCCGCGAGAAAUUUAAUCAUCACAUCACCACCCCCCUUGAACGUCACGACCAGACAGCCACCACCACCAAACGUCUCGCUCCCAACCGCCCAUCAUGUUCCGCACCGCCCUCCUCCGUACCGCGCGCAUGGCCGCCCGUCCCUCGACCCUGGCCGUCGCCGCCCGCCCCGUGCGCGUCAACGUCGUCCGCGCAGUCCCCUUCCAGGCCGUGAGGAUGUACAGCGCAGGCGGCGCUCUCGAGAAGGAGGCUGUUGAGGGGCGCAUCAUGUCUCUUCUCCAGGGUUUCGACAAGGUGAACGACACAAAGAACAUCACCCCUGCCGCGCACUUUGCCAACGAUCUCGGCCUCGACUCUUUGGACACUGUGGAGGUUGUCAUGGCUAUCGAGGAGGAAUUCAGCAUUGAGAUCCCCGACAAGGAUGCUGACGGCAUUCACUCGAUCGAGGGUGCCGUCAACUACAUCCUCAACCAGCCCGAUGCCUCUUAAGUGGGAUGCAUCGAAGUGGACGAUAGAUACUGCGUCUUCCCCACGAUGGUCCGCUGCCAGAUGUGGCGGGUCGGCGGGAAGACGCAACGGGGAGGCGCGCACGCGAGGGGAUCCAUGUACAAGCUGGGCUACCUUGACCAGUUCGCAGCGCAGCGUGGGCAUGGCAUGGGAUCAUGUCGCCAGGGGCACUCAAGUGGCUCCCGUGUAACAGUGUAUAGAAAUACCUCUUAUUUGUCUGACGACGCUG